AUGCAGACGGACGACUGGGGCAGGUUGACGUGGAGGCGGGGGGUCAAACACGCCUCCGACCUGGAGACAGCGGUGACGGGUUGGGGCCUCGCUGGAGUAUUGGCCCUCGCCAAUUGGGGUACUCGCAGCUCCCUAGACAUUGGCGGCACGAGGGCUUGGGAGAAAGCUGGACCCAGACACGAUCCGAGGGCCGGGAUCGGGGUGUGCCGGGCGGUUGGAUGGCUGAGGGUGAAUGUGAAUGUGCGCAUUAUCGCAUCAGCAAGUCUUGUUGUCAUUGCGGGCUGGGGCUAUCGUACGCGUGGCGCAUUUGCGCAGAGAGCCGGGACGGCGAGGGGGACGGCGACGGCGGUGGCUGCGGCGAAGGCGCUUGUGCUUGUGCGUGAGGUCCCCCCCCCUUCCUGGCCUGGCUCGUUACCCCCACCUGCCACCUCCAUCGCCGGGCAGUCGCGUGGGAAGGGCUGCCCUGUGCGCCUGCCUGAUGCGACAACGAGACCCUGA